GCGUCGACUCGUCGCCAUAACUGAGUGGCGUCGAUUCUUUGUCUCUCCGCAUUUCUUUUGACUGCUUUCGCAUCUGCCUUUUGCCAGAGUAAGCGAAGGACGGGAGGAACAGUGUGAGGGCUGAAGAAGAAAAAGAAGAUACCUGGAGCGACGCCCAAGCUUUCCUCCAUUUAUUUUCCAUCUACCAAUCGUUUGCUUUUGAACACGUCGGAGGCUGUGGAAAGAGGUGGUCGAGUGCAACCGACACAGAGGGAGAGAGAUAGAGAGAGGAAGAGUGGGAGGGAGGAUGUUGGACACGACGAGGGUGCAGAAGGAACUGGUGGAGUGCAACCGCGACACGGCAAUCUCCGGUGUGAGCAUCGACCUGCACGAUGGCGCAAACCUCACCCACCUCUGUGGGUCCAUCAGUGGUCCUCUCGGCACGCCUUAUGAGGGGGGAACCUUCAUCAUCGACAUCCAGUUACCCAGUGACUAUCCUUUCGAGCCUCCAAAGAUGCAAUUUAUUACAAGAGUUUGGCAUCCAAACAUCAGCAGCCAAAAUGGGGCAAUCUGUUUAGACAUUCUGAAAGACCAAUGGAGCCCUGCCCUCACUUUGAAAACCGCAUUACUAUCACUCCAAGCUUUGCUUUCAGCUCCUGCCCCUGAUGAUCCUCAGGACGCUGUGGUUGCUCAACAGUACCUUCGUGAUUACCAGAAAUUUGUGGGCACAGCUCGUCACUGGACCGAGACUUUCGCUAAAAUUGCUACUGUUGGAAUAGAUGAGAAGGUGAGUAAGUUGGUUGAGAUGGGUUUUCCUGAAGAACUUGCCCGAAGUGUAUUGGAAGCUGUGAAGGGUGAUGAGAAUGCAGCCUUGGAGAAACUGUGCUCCGGCUAACUGAGACUACAGGUUGGUCUUUUACAGCUUUCACUAAACCCUAAAAAAAAAUUAUAGAGCUUGUGCUUUCAUCAGUUUUCUGUGACUUCAUUUUGGAUGAAAAAGGAUUAUCUGAUUUAAAUUAGGAGAGAUUUUGGCUUCGUUUGGGAUUUACUUUCUUUCUAUUUCUUAAAGCAGUUUUCUAGUAUAAAAUUUUUAAUUUUGUACUUAAAAACAGCUUUAAGAAGCAGAAAGAAAGCUGUUCCAAACGAAACUUUUGUUAGAAUUGCUCCUGCAAGCAGAAGAAUGAUGAUUUCUUUCACUGUUUGUCUUUUCUUUCCUGAGGAACAGCACCCACAAUUGUGUUGGUGAAGUUGUGAUGAGCAAACUUGAGAAUAAAUUUGGCUGCUUCUCAGCCUACUCAUUUAAAAAA